AUGGCAGCCCUCCCUGCAGAUGAGGUCUCCUUGCUGCUAUCAGAGCUCGAGGCCGCCGAGAAGACGAGGUAUCUUGCAAUCGCCGGCCUUGUGAUUUACAUGUAUAACUAUUUCUUGACGUUUGACCAAGAGAUCGAACAUUUCUGGUCCGGACCAUGGUCGAUCUCCAGGUUUCUCUUCUUACUUAACCGGUACCUCCCACUUGUAUCAAUGACCAUUGCUGUUUACUGUGAGCACCUUCUUGCUGCAUACAUCUAUGAUGUAGUUGAGUCCGCUCAUAUUUCACCAGGCCUUGUGGGACCUCCGCUGACUUAUGAGGUAUGGGUCUGCUCGAAAGCAGUCCCUGCUGCUUAUAUCCUGACAUACAUCUGCAUCACAAUCGUUCAAGCCAUCAUCGUCCUACGCAUAUGGUAUAUUUAUUCGAUGCGGCGCGUCGCCCGCAUCAUGAUCGUCGGCUGCUUUGUGAUCUGCGCGACCGCUACCGCGAUUACCAUCAGCAUCGUUUACAGCGACUUCCUCACCAUUCCGCUCAAGCUCCCCGGCUUCCACACCCCCGGGUGUUCAGUCCCGCCCUCGGACAAUAUGUGGCGGGUGUUCUUGCCCAACAUCAUCCUGCAUACCAUCCUUUUCGCCGCUACAACCUGGCCCGCACUCCGCAUGCAUCGCUGUGGGAGGCAGUCACCGUUGAUGAACCGUCUCGUCCGAGAUGGCGGCGUCUUCUACUUCUUCCUGUUCGGCGCUUCAGUGUUCUCCACGAUCGGAGCGGCACAAACCAGAGACCCUGCCGUCAUGUUCCCGGCCAUCUAUGCCAGUUUCCUGCUCACGAUCUCCACGAUCUCCGCCGGGCGGUUGAUGCUGAGCAUCCGUUCACUCGCCGCGCAGCUCUCUGUCGACUCAGACCUGCUCCUCAGUGACGCGGAGCUCAGCCGCGUGCGGUGGAAGCGCGGCGCGCACGACGGCGAGAUCAUCGUUGAGAUAGACGUCGGGGACGUCCCGCUUGACGAGUUUGGUAGUGGCCAGUACCCUGUCCUUCGCGCGUCGCGCGUUGGCGUGUUUGAUGGCGCAGUCUACCCUGGCGCGGACAAGCUCCAAAAAACGCAGAAAUUUUCCACGAGAUCGGGAAAGAGGUCUCUGCCGCCCAGACUGUCGCUUAAACCUGGUGAGCAUUCACACUGCCACUUUGAAUCUUGUUGUAACCACAAGUAA